GUCAAAGAACGCCACAGAAGCAACAGAGAGGAUAGAAAACAUCGCCGCUUUAGCGUCCGUGUGUGUAGGUCGCGUCCUUGGUAAAUCUCGCUUUUGGAAGGUUUACCUGAUCAACUACAGCUAAAGAAAUGGUUUCCUACUGGCGACAAGCUGGUAUCAGCUACAUUCGGUUCUCGUCGAUCUGCGCCAGUGUCGUGCGGUCAGCGCUGAAACCGCAGCUCCGAACUGAAGCGAUCAAAAAUGCGGAAGCUAACGUGAAGGUCACUAAAGUGAAGACGACUUAACGUGCAGACACUACGAGCCUCAACAUGAACGUGUGAUCUGUUUGAUAAUAAAUUAUGAUUCGUUCUGUCA